GGUACGGGACCGCAGGGGUGGCUGCGGGGCCCCGUGGGAAACCCCGGUCACACCGGGCGCUUUCGCUCCCGCCUCCGUUCCCUCCUCCUUCCUGGCAGCAGGAUCCGGCCGCUGCGGCCAGAAAACUGCCCCCGGCCCCCAGAAGUGCGGUCCCAUCGCGGCGGCGCCCCAAAAUGAAGUGGUUUUGGGUGGUGGCUUUUGUGGCACCCGCCUGCGCUGCGCCCUACACGGCCGGGGACACCGGGGAUGGAGGCCCCUGUGCCCUGCAGCAUGGCGUCCUGGGCACGGAGGUGCUGCUGCGGUGCCCGGCUGCCGGGGGGAGACCCGCCGAGUGGCGCCGGGGGGGGGCAACCCUAGGGACGUAUCCUGCCCCGGGGCUGGCCCUCCCCAACGCCAGCCUGGCCCACGAGGGACCCUACAGCUGCCACCACCCCGACACCGGGGAGACCUGGGCCAGGAUCUGCCUGCGGCUGGGCUAUCCCCCCCCGCUGCCCGUUGCGGAGUGCUGGGCCGUCAGCUACCCGCAGGCUGUCACCUGCUCCUGGCUGCUUGUCCCCGAGCCGCUGCUGGACACCGAAUUCGUGGCCACCUACAGGCACGGCGUGUGGGGGGCCGCGGGGAGCCACGAGUGCGCCCGCACGGGGCCGCGGAGCUGCUCCUUCGGGGACCUGCAGAUGUUCUCCCUCACCCCCUACGUGCUCAACGUGACGGCCACCAACGCGCUGGGCACGGCCUCGAGCCUCCUGCCCUUCCUGCUGGAGAACAUCAUAAAGCCGGACCCCCCCGAGGACCUGCGGGUGUCACCCGUCCCCGGGGAGCCCAAGAAAUUGCUGCUGGAGUGGAGCCCGCCGGGGUCGUGGCCCUUCCCAGAGUAUUUCCCACUCAAGUACCGCAUCCGCUACGUGCGGGACGAGGACUUGGUCACCAGAACGAUCGGGCCCUACGAGCAGACCUCCUACACCCUGACGGGGCUGCGGCCCGGCGCCCUGCACCACAUCCAGGUGGCUGCCAAGGACUUCACGGACUACGGGGAAUUCAGCGCCUGGAGCCUGCCGGCCUCCGGGACGCCCUGGACGGAGCCGUGAGGGGCAGAGCGGGGUCAGGGCCCCCCCCACUCCUCCUCGGGGACCCCACGCGCCCCCUUUGCUCUAUCCCCGUGCCCCCCAGCAGCCACGAGCGGCCCCCUUGGUGGCUGUGAAGAGGCAAUAAAACACUGCGAGGCUCCGGGAUC